AUGUCGGAGAAGUUAACAGAGAAACAACAAAAGACUUUAGAGUCGCUUUUAGAUUCUAAACUUGAAAUUAUUACCGAUAAACUUUGUGAAAUCGACAGGAAGGUUGAAGACGCCUCGAAAUCUCUCUCCUUCCUUAGUAAUAAAGUGGAUGACGCAUUAAGUAAACUGAAGAAACUAGAAGAGGCCAAGAAAGUUUCCGAUAAGGAGAUCGUAAAGCUAAAAUCGGACCUAAAAGUCGCCAAAGAUUGUCUACACACGUAUCAAGCAGCUCUAAAUGAUCUUGAGCAAUAUUCUCGUAGGGAAUGUCUGGAGUUACGUGGUAUACCUGUAAUAAGUAGAGACAUUUCAAGAGAGAAUACAGAAGACAUUGUAAAGCAUGUAGCAGAUUGUAUUGGUGUUGAAUUAUGCUCAGAUGACAUUUCGAUCUGUCAUCGUUUGCCUGUUAAUAACAUGCCGGCGCAAAUGGAGACUCGAAGCAGUUAUAAAAGACGACCAAUGAAUCCUACUAUUAUUGUUAAGUUUGUUAGAUGCAAGAAAUGCAAAGAAUUCUACCGAGCACGAAAUAUACUUCGAGGGAAAACUGUUAAUGACCUAAAUCUUAAUCUCAAUACCGGUGAAAGAAUGUUCAUUGCAGAGAGCCUGACAAGAGCAAAUAAAGUGUUAUUUAGUAAAGCUCUACAAGCAAAGAAGGAUCGUCACUUCAAGUACAUUUGGACCUCCCAGGGGAAAAUAUUUAUGCGCAAGGAAGAUUCCACUAAUGUCAUUCAAAUCAGCUGUGAGAAGGAUAUUGAAUCUAAAAUUCAUUGA